AACAGCUCAUUUUUUUUUAAGAGGUAUUUUGUUGGGAAAAAAAUAUUAGCCAUUCAGAUACUUUCGCCGCUAGAGUUGCAACAAAUCCGAUAUCCGGCCGGCGUUGGUUGCCGCCGGCUUAUUUUAGGUUGUCUCAGGCGAAGUCAACGUCAGUAAAAACCGUUGACCAGCUCUUUCUGCUCAAUUUGCUCAGAGAUAACUAUUCAGCCUUUGGAAGUAAGAACCUGGAGAUAACAGGUUCAAAUUCUAGCUACGGGUAUUUUUACCUGGCACUUUUCAUGUGAGCUGCAGCAGGCACCAGGUAGAUUAAUGAUCAUGCUGGCCCAAACGCCACUGCGAUUAAAAAGAUGAUAGACGUCACCUUUUUCGAGAUAGAGAAGUCCCUUAAUAUUCUUCUCUAUUUACUCCUAAAAGAUGGAGUACAGAAACAAGCUUAUGUUGGCUCCAAUGGUCAGAGUGGGUACAUUGCCGUUUAGGAUGCUUGCUGCCAAAUAUGGUGCAGACAUAACCUACGGAGAGGAGAUUAUUGAUCAUAAGAUUAUCAAAUGUGAGCGGCGAGUUAAUGAUGUCUUAGGGACUACUGACAUAUUGGAGAAGGGAACUGAUAAUGUUGUUUUCAGAACGUGCCCCGAGGAAAGAAAUCGAGUAGUAUUUCAAAUGGGUACUUCUGAUGCCAUGAGGGCUCUCAAAGCUGCUGAAAUAGUGUGUAAAGAUGUAGCAGCAGUGGACAUAAACAUGGGAUGCCCCAAAGCAUUCUCUAUUAGUGGAGGCAUGGGUGCUGCAUUGCUGAGCAAACCUGACCUCAUUCACGAUAUUUUGACAACGUUGAGGAGAAACUUGGAUGUACCAGUAACGUGCAAGAUUAGAUUAUUAAAAUCUCCACAGGAUACAGUGGAAUUGGCGCGACGAAUUGAAAGGACCGGUGUCUCUGCCCUCGCUGUCCACGGAAGGAAAGUUCCAGACAGGCCAAGAGAUCCUGCAAAGUGGAAUGAGAUUGCUGAUGUUGCUGCCGCUCUCUCUAUUCCAGUUAUAGCAAAUGGUGAUGUUUUUGAAUAUGAGGAUUUUCAACGUAUUAGAGAUGCAACAGGUGCUUCGUCAGUGAUGGUUGCAAGAGGAGCCAUUUGGAAUGCUUCUAUAUUCUCUUCUGAGGGAAAAGUUCCAUGGGAAGAUGUCAAAAGAGAGUAUGUGAGAGAGAGUAUAUUGUGGGAUAACGAUAUCAAAAGCACAAAGCACACCCUGAAGGAAAUGAUAGCGCACUAUUCUUCCCUUGGGAUUCCAGAGGCGCUGGCAGUAAUUAAAUCAGAUACCUUGGCAGAUCUAGCGAAACUUUAUGGUGAAGAGGAAUACUAUGAAUAUGUCUCAGAAAGCCGGAGGAAGCAGAUGACAUAAGAGAAAUAGUUUCACGCUCACCAAGAUGUCGAUGAAACUAGACAACCUGUUGCAAUUUAUAAAGCGAGUGGAGUGUUUUGAAGCAAGAAAUAGAGGCGGAUUUUGCACAUGAGGGUGUUGAUGACUUUCUUCCGAGCUAUGAGACUAUAUCGUAAUGAUGUUUAACUAGCAUUCAAAUAUCACUUCCGAGCUAUGUCACUCCAAACAAUAUUCAUUGUAGGCAGUACACUAAAUUGAACUAGUGAGUUACCUGCAAAAACAGCCACGAUACCUAUGUAUCUUUUGGUUGUAUAGAAGGGGUAUCCCAGAAGCUUUACUUUAUUCCCUUGGUUCAUGUUGCAGACAUUUUCAAAUUAUUAAGAUAGUGUGGUGACUGGAAUCAAUUUUUAAAGCAAAUCAACAAGGCUACAUCCUGUGCUCCCUA